CACAUAUUUCCAAUUUGAUCACGGAAACAUUUCAUCUAUAAAAGAUGGAAGGUGAUAUGAUCCGUUCCUUCAUAUAGCAGCAAUUGCUUUGGGAGGAGACAUAUUAUGACUACCACCCCAAUUUGUGUUGUGUGUUGCUAAGAGUUGACGCGUCACCGACCAGCCGACGCUGGGCAGGCAAAGCAGUGGAGAUGAGCGGCGGAGAGAGGAGCGCGAGCGACUCCAAGGUGGAAACCAUCUCAAGGUUGGCGCAGUGGAAGAUCGAGAGCUUCGGGCCCUGCACCUAUCGCCGCUCCGACGCUUUCAAGAUCGGCAUCUGGAACUGGUACUUAUCCGUCGAGAAGAAUCGGUACGUGCACAUCCGGUUAUUCCCGGAGCCAUCCCGCGUCUCCAAGGAGCAGCCACCCGUCGCCAAAUUCGUGCUCCGUGUCUCCAGCCCUGCGCCUGGUCGCCGCCCCUGUAUCUCCCCUGUUAAUGAGAAGCUGAUCCGGAGCAGUGAAGAUUUUGCUUGGGCCAUUGAUUCUAACUUUCUUGGGCGUUUUACAAUUGAUGUAGAGUUUCUGGACUUGAAGAUACAUCCCCUGGAUGGUGGUGAAGCUUGUUCAAUAUGGCCUAAUGAAGGGAUGUUGCAGUCUCUUUCAAGCAAAAGCACUUUGCGAUGCCUCUCUCGUAUGCUUGAAGAUGGUAUUCAUGCAGAUGUUACCAUCAAAACAUCUGAUGGUGUGCUGAAGGCCCACAAGGCUGUGCUUGCUUCAAGCUCUCCCGUUUUCGAAAGCAUGUUCCUGCACGAUCUCAAGGAAAAGGAGUCCUCCACAAUCAAGAUAGAGGACAUGUCACUAGAUUCAUGCUCAGCUCUUCUUGGUUACAUAUAUGGGACAAUUAAACAGGAAGACUUCUGGAAGCAUCGCCUCGCAUUGCUUGGUGCAGCGAACAAGUAUGAUAUUGCUGACCUCAAGGACUGCUGUGAGGAAAGUCUUCUGGCGGACAUCAAUUCCAGCAAUGUCCUUGAAAGGCUCCAUGAAGCAUGGCUGUAUCAGCUCAACGAACUAAAAAAAGGGUGUUUGAUGUACUUGUUUGAUUUUGGUAAGAUAUAUGAUGUGAGGGAUGAAAUGAAUAACUUCUUUCGCCAUGCUGAUAGAGAGCUGCUUUUGGAGGUGUUCCAAGAAGUCCUGACAGUUUGGAAGCCUUAAUAACAUGUCGUGGUGAGAUCGUCAACUCGUUGGAAUUUUCCAGGACUCUGAUAUCGCCUUGCUAUGGUAGAGGAUUUUUCUAAAGUCAUUUAAAGUAUGUUUUUUGAUUGUCCAAUAGGUGGUUUUGUAAAUUCAUAUAUGCUUUUCCUUGCAUGGUUUGCGAUGGUGGUUACCAUGUAACUGGGUUGUGGUGCUUUGUAUGUGUUAAUUGUCCUUUUCGUUGUAAUGAAUUCUGGUUCUAUGUGAGAAUAUUGUUAUUAUUGUUCGCUAA